AUGCCCUCACUACGCCCCAUCGGCCCGCCCCCAAGGCCCGAAGAUACCAUCCAUAAAACCGUAUUCUUCGGGGAGUCGAGCCCUCUGACCUGCGUCGUUGACGAGGGCCGACGAUCACCAGACAAAGGAUACGCAUGCGGUAUCCAAAAAGCGCGACUGCAUUACUCCAUCUCUGAUCUCCACACAUCAUCAGAGACUAGCGAAGAGACUUUGGGACAGCGCCGAAAGUUUCUGCACGACCGUCUUAUUCGCGAGAGCGCCUUGGUUUUCCCGUUGCCCGCCAUCUGCGAUGUGCUCCUUCAAGCAUACUUUGAAUGGUUCCACCCCCUUUUCCCUAUUCUGGAUCGCUCCCAGGUUCAAAAUGAUUAUCAAUCCCGCACCAUAUCUCCAUUACUUCUGCAGGCGAUGCUGUUCAUUGGGGUGAGCUUGUGUUCAGACCGUGCCCUGAACACCACGGGAUUUAACAAUCGGUAUAAGGCCAAAGGGCUUUUCUACUGGCGUGCAAAGGAGAUAUAUGAUGUUGGAUGGGAAACCGACACGAUGAUCAAGUUACAGUCUAUAUUUCUGUUGAGCUUUUGGCGGGGAGGGCCGACAGAAGAGCGUGACGUUAGAUACUGGCUCGGCACGGCCACUGAUUUGGCCCAAAAGAAGGGGAUGCAUGUAAUGUCAAAAUUAACAUUUUUGGGUACUCGUGACCAGAAAAUCUGGAAAAGGAUCUGGUGGGCUUUAUAUGUUCGUGACCAGCAAACAUCCGCAGCACUGGGGUUACCGUCUCGAAUCCGGGACGAGGAUUGCGAAGUGGUCGAACUUGAAGAGUCAGACUUCGAGGACCUCGAUUCUGCCACCCCUUCUGACAUAUUCCCAAAGCCACCUGCAGCACACGUCUCCUACGUGAUUAGAAUGGCCCAACUAGCCCGAUUAUUACGUGAGGUCAUUUCUAGCCAGUAUCUACCAGGAAAGUCAAAGUUGGACAAUCCAUCACGUCCAGUGCUCCAUCAGCGUCUUUUGGAUUGGGAGUCAACCCUACCGCCGGAGAUGCAGUUUCAGUCAAACAUGACUCGAGACGUGUUGUUUCUCGUUGGCAUGCUCCAUAUGACAUAUGCCAAUCUUUAUGUCUUGCUAUAUCGGCCAAUGUUUUUGCAACCGGCAAGUGAAUCAAUCAGCUCGGAAGGAAAUAUAGCUCUGGAUGCAGCUACUAAAAGUACGCGUAUUCUGGAGGAUAUGCUGUCACAGAACCUGGUGCAACAUGGAUCCGUCCACUUAAUUACCCACACCUUUUCGGCCUUGUGCAUACACACUAUUCAUUUUGGACGCGUAGCCAGCACCGCUAAAAAGCUGGCAGAACACCGGGCGAAGCUUUGUCUGCUUGGCCUGAAGGAGCUUCAAAAGUCAUGGGACUUGGAGAAUUGGGUGCUUGAUCUAUUCUUCCACUGUUUAGAUGAUCGCACCGCUAGAAAUCUCCGGUUGGCUGACAGUGGAAUGUCAAAGUCCACACUUCCCGGCCAGUUUGCAAAGGGACCACCGAUUCCUGACUCGUUGGCUCUGAAUACCCCUUGCAGCGCUGCAAGUCGGCCCCCAUCACGGAAUUCCACAGACAGCAUUUUGCCCACUGUGCAACCCAGCGGCUCCUUGAACCCAACUGAAGGUGCAACCGUCAACAUGGAUUGGUAUGAGCUAUUUAAUGUGGAAGGAGAAGAUAUUCUAGGACUUGCGGGCUCCUUGACAAACCCUGACUAUCUGAACCCUCAGAACUUAGAAUUUUUGUAUCGAUUUCUCUAG